CGUGACCCGGAAAUGUUUCGACAAUCGUCUCUUGCUGGAAAAACGCCAUUGCCCGUCAGCCUUCUAAUUAUUGCUUAAAGUCACGAGGUCCACUAGCGGAGUGUUUGAUAAGGAUUGGGUUUGUCUUUCUUAGCGAGUAAAACAAACGUCUCGUAUUUGAAUUCUCAUUGUCGAAACAUCAAGAGUUACCGCAGACGGGAAAAAGCCAACCGCAAUGGGUCAACGGAAUUAACUGCAGCACAGCAAGUGACGCUUUCCUUCGCCCAGCAAGUUCAACAUGAUGCCCAUGACAUUUGAGGCUUCAAGUAGCGUGACGCUGCUGUUUGACUUCUGGCAUGUGAACAGCCCUGGAGGUAUGUUUUUGUCAGUGAUGGUGGUCAUGCUGCUGACAGUCUUCUACGAGCUGCUCAAAGUUUGGAGGGUGUUGCUCACCAGGAGCACGGGGCCGGCUCGGCAUAUGACUCCUAAUGCCGGUGCGCCGUCCCACCGGAGUGACAGCAGUUCCAUUUUGGAAAACAGCCCAUCGGAAGCCUCAUUGACGCCCAGAGAAUCAAAACCUUUCUUUCCAAACAACAAGGGCCGCCGGUUCCUACAUGGAAUCCAGACACUGCUCCACUUGCUCCAAGUGACUUUGGGCUACAUGCUGAUGUUGUGCGUCAUGUCCUUCAAUGUUUGGAUCUUCCUCGGCGUCAUCUCAGGUUCCACACUGGGUUAUUUCAUCUCAUACCCUCUGCUAGAUUGGCAUUGAUGGACAGUGCCACCCAGUGUUGUCACAAGAAUUAAAAUGAUUUUUUUCCCCCGUGGACGCUCACUCUGCUGCGCUUACACGACUUGGGUUGUUUGGUGUGACAGAAAUGUCAUGUUAAAGUCCUAAUAUAGCUACUUGAGGAUAAAACCAAGUUGGCGAAGAUCAGUCUAAUCAUUCACAGCGGGAACUCAAAGGGAGUAGAAGAAUUAUGAUCAACAAUGACUCCAUGAUCAGUAACUUGAUAGAUUAACGCUGUGAGAGUAUCGAAAGGUCUGAUUAAGAUGUAACCUAUGUUUAUUGCAUUGCAUUGCAUCCCAGUCUGAACACUAAUUUGUUUGAUUCAAAUAAAAAGGGGAAAAAAGCUAUUAGAAAUGUAAAAUUGUUCUGUGAUUCAAAAGCCAUCUCAUCUUUGCACAAUAAAGCUGAAUUUACUCGGACAGGAGAUAUCAGUUCUCAGUCGCAAAAUAAUGCAGAGCCCACUUUGAGGAACCGAUUCUACCGUAUGCUUCUGGCUUAUAAGCAGGCCUAGAGUGCAGUGCGCAGUGGGAAAUUUAAUUAGUGACUAUGAUUUUCAGUUUGACUGUUUUUGUGCUUUCUACUGUGUUUGUUAUUAAUAUAUUAUUUUAUUGUUUGUUGUUGUAUGAAUUAUUUUUGCUCCAUGUAUACAACAGGGAUUGUUUGAAAGUGAUUUUAUGAAUACGGUUGUUGUUUAUUGCAGCCAUUUUUAACAUGAUGUUUAUACUGUAAUGCAAAGUUUAGUAUGUUUGAACUUUGAAGGUUGCAUAAAAUCCUUAACCGUUUCA